AUGGUCUUUGAGUGGAAGAGCGAGGCCCACUUUCACAGGGUCCCCAAGUUGACCCCAGGGCCAGCCAAUGUCUAUUUUGGCGAUGUUUUCACCUCGUCAACCCCGGGCGCGGCCAACCCCCUGACUGGUUCCAUGUUCUUCCUCGAUUAUUCUGAGCACAACGACCCAGUUCCAAAGUAUGAUUAUGACGAGACCGGAGUUGUUCUGAAAGGCGAGCUUCACAUCAAGGACGAGAAUGGAAAUGAGGCCAAGCUGCAGCCGGGAGACACCUUCUUCGUUCAUCGUGGCAGCACUAUUACCUUUUCUACUCCACGCUAUGCUAUUGCAUACAAGUCUGCGGCACGGCAUUCUCAUUAG